CUCUCACAGACAAAGUGUAAAGUGCAAAGCUGGCAGCGACGUCGCCGUCGUAGAGCAUCAGCGUAGCUCAGCUCACAGCUUGAGCAACGGCUUGAAGUCAGUCUUAGUCGCAGCUUAAACCGCAACACACGCGUCUGCGAACUUGCUCCCGCUCUGCCAUACGCCGCGAUAUCUAGUGAGCGAUAACGAUAAUACAGUGCGGCCAUUGAUUGAUAUCAGAAGCAACAUAAAUCUGUGCGUACAGCUAGCGACUGAAGUUUGUGUCUUAAGUCUUCUGUUACACGAGAGCAAUCAAGCAAUCAGUGAAUUAAUACAACAAAGGCAGACGAACAACGCGCAAGCCUAGCAACAAAUUGUGCAAAUAUAUUUGCUCUAUUGACGACACUUAUCGACUCACCUACACACUCGCAGAUAAACACACACGCGGACGCAGACGCACACACACACACAUACAUAUCCAGCGGACAGGAAACGUCUUCAGAACGCGAACUCAAUGUGGGCAUAAAACGCUAAACUCCACUUGAACAUUGCAAAAGGUUCGGCGCAACGCAGAGUUACGAAUUACGUUUUCAAAAUUGUUUGAAAUAUUUUUUUUGGGUAAAAGGCAGUGUAACUAGCCUUUAAAUAGCUAAACAAAGUAAAGCCAAAUAGCGCUAAACAUAAUCAAAGCAAACAAACACCCACCAAAGGCGGCGCAACAACAAAGCACAACAAAAUGCUGAUAUCAACCGUCUCCACAGACUCCGUGAUGACGGCCACAAACAACGAUGGGGGCACACAAGUGAAUCCGGUGAGCGUUUGGGGUGCCCCCGCGACAGGAGCGAGCAAUACACAGGCGGCGGUGUCAGUGCGACACGCCUUUAAAGCCUACGGCAAGAAGAAGAACGCCAAUCAAGUGUUGAACAAUUUGAAUAUGACGGUACCCAAGGGCACAAUCUAUGGCCUGCUGGGCGCCUCUGGCUGCGGCAAGACCACUCUGCUCUCCUGCAUUGUGGGUCGUCGYAGCAUAGACUCCGGCGAGAUCUUUGUGCUGGGCGGCAAGCCCGGCACACGUGGCUCCGGCGUGCCCGGUAAACGGGUGGGCUAUAUGCCGCAAGAGAUUGCUCUCUAUGGGGAGUUCUCCAUACAGGAGACCAUGAUGUACUUCGGCUGGAUCUUUGGCAUGGAGACCAAGGAGAUCUUGGAGCGCUUGCAGUUUCUGCUCAACUUUCUCGAUCUGCCCUCGGAGAAGCGGCUGGUGAAGAAUCUGAGCGGUGGCCAGCAGCGACGCGUCAGCUUUGCUGUGGCGCUCAUGCACGAUCCGGAGCUGUUGAUUCUGGACGAGCCAACGGUGGGCGUGGACCCGCUGCUGCGCCAGAGCAUAUGGAAUCAUUUGGUGCACAUCACGAAGGCCGGUCAAAAGACGGUGAUUAUAACUACACAUUACAUCGAGGAGGCACGACAGGCACACACUAUUGGUCUAAUGCGAUCUGGACACUUGUUGGCCGAGGAAUCGCCCAGUGUGCUGCUGACCAUGUACAAGUGCAUUAGCCUGGAGGAGGUGUUCCUCAAGCUGUCCCGCAUCCAGAGCCAGAAGGGCGACGUUAGCCAAGUAAACUUCAGUAACAACAUCUCGUUGCAUGCCAUGGCCUUUGGCAGUAAAAUGGACAAGCCCAGCUCCAGCCAGGAGGGCGGCGUUGUGGGUCUGAAUUUCCACCAGAGCAAGGAGGUGCUCAUUAACGAUAGCAAUGGAUCCAUUUAUACGCUCAACCAGGAGCCGUAUGGUCCGCCGCCUUCGAAGCGUCAGAACAGUCCCAACGAUGAAGAGAGCUGUCAAGAUUGCUUUACGGAUCUCUGCAAGAUUACCUCCAAGGGCAAGAUACGCGCUCUGCUGACCAAGAAUAUGCUUCGCAUGUGGCGCAAUGUGGGCGUGAUGCUGUUCAUCUUUGCCCUGCCCGUGAUGCAGGUCAUUCUCUUCUGUCUGGCCAUCGGACGUGAUCCCCAGGGCCUCAAUUUGGCCAUCGUCAACAGCGAAAUGAACAAUACGGACACCUGCUUCUGGGAGGAGGGCUGUCACUUUGCUAAUCUGGGCUGUCGCUACUUGAAUCAUCUGAACACGAGCGUGACUAAAACAUAUUAUACGGAUAUAGAGGACGCCAAGGCGGCGGUGCGAAGCGGCGAUGCUUGGGGCGCUCUCUAUAUAACAGAGAACUUUACGGAUGCAUUCACAGCGCGCGUUGCGUUGGGACGCGACUCGGACGAAGAGACCAUUGAGCAGUCCGAGGUGAAGGUGUGGCUGGACAUGUCCAAUCAGCAGAUCGGCAUCAUGCUCAAUCGCGACAUACAGCUGGCCUAUCGUGACUUCGCCAUGGGCCUGCUCGGCCAGUGCGGCAACAAUCCAAAGCUGGGCGAUGUGCCCAUUCAGUUCCGAGAUCCCAUCUAUGGCACAAUGAAUCCGUCCUUUACCGACUUCGUGGCACCUGGCGUCAUAUUGACUAUUGUCUUCUUCUUGGCUGUGGCCCUGACGUCAUCCGCCCUGAUCAUCGAACGCACUGAGGGCCUGCUGGAUCGCUCUUGGGUUGCCGGCGUCUCCCCCGCCGAGAUUCUCUUUUCGCAUGUGAUCACCCAGUUCGUAGUCAUGUGUGGCCAGACCACGCUGGUGCUCAUCUUCAUGCUGGUCGUCUUCGGUGUGACCAACAACGGCGAACUGUUCUGGGUGAUUGUGCUGACCCUGCUGCAGGGCAUGUGCGGCAUGUGCUUUGGUUUCCUCAUCUCCUCCAUCUGUGAGCUGGAACGUAAUGCCAUACAGCUGGCGCUGGGCUCCUUCUAUCCCACGCUGCUGCUCUCUGGCGUCAUUUGGCCCAUUGAGGGCAUGCCUGUGGUGCUGAGAUAUAUCUCCCUAUGCCUGCCGCUAACGAUGGCCACAUCCUCGCUGCGCUCCAUUUUGACCCGCGGCUGGGCGAUAACCGAGUCGGACGUCUAUGUUGGCUACCUGAGCACGUUGUCCUGGAUCUUGGGAUUCCUGGUGCUGACUCUGCUGGUGCUGCGCUCCAAGCGCGGCUAGAGCGGGGCUUACGUUUUAGAGAACUAAUUUUAAAUGUGUCAAACUGAUUUAGUUUGCGUUUAGUUUAGGUCGCUUUUAGUAGUCAUUCCUCUCCCAACUACCUACUCCAUCUCCUUCUUGCGCCAAUGGCUCUUAGAAAUCCUAAGGUCCUAGCUAGUAUGUCUCUAGCUGUUUGCUUUUCUCUCUCCCUUUUAUUCUUUCAAUCUGCCUAGUUGUCAUAAAUUAUUUAAGCACACAUGCAACUUCUUCUUCUACUUCUUUUUCCCUUGCAAACUUUCCUUAAUUUAAGUUGUGCACAUUUUACCUAGUUUAAUUCGUAAGGUUUAGAGGUACAUAAAUAAAUUGUUGUAAAUAUUUAAAGCUUGCAACGCUACCACAAAGCGAAUGAACGUAGCUAGCGACGCCACGAACCGUCGAAUAUUUUUAACAAACCCCUUUC